CGGAUGUGAGUAGUACUUAAGAGAAUAAUCUGACGUGGGUAAGGAAGUCGGGCUGGUUUCCCGGCGUCUUCGGUCCCGUCUUCCCCCGGUUUCCCCCCUUCCCCCCCGGCCAUGCUCGACUUUUUCACCAUCUUCAGCAAGGGGGGGCUCGUCCUCUGGUGCUUCCAAGGCGUGCGCGGCCCCGCGGCGGCCUGCACUGCGCCCGUGAACGCGCUCAUCCGCUCUGUCCUCCUCCAGGAGCGAGGUGGCAGCAACUCUUUCAACCAUGAAGCCCUUACCCUUAAAUAUAAGCUGGACAAUCAAUUUGAGCUUGUAUUUGUGGUUGGAUUUCAGAAAAUCUUGACUUUAACCUAUGUGGAUAAGUUGAUAGAUGAUGUCCAUAAGGAGUUCAGAGAUAAAUAUCGAAACGAGUUUCAACAGAAGGGUACCCUUGGGAUCCUUAAUGGCACCUUUGAUUUUAAGGAGGACUUUCUACGUCUCCAACGGGAAGCAGAGGAGAGCAGUAAAAUCCGAGCUCCCACUGCCAUGAAGAGUUUUGAACAAUCAGCAAAGUCCCAAAAAACCGUGAAGUCUAUGAUAGAAACUCGGGGAGAGAAACCAAAAGAAAAAACUAAGAAUAAGAAAAACAAAGGUUCCAAAAAAGAAGCUCAAGGAAAUGAAAUGGCUGCAGCUCCCAAAACUGCUCCUGCCAUUAAGCUGGACCCUCCUCUUGAAACUGGGGAGAAGGAAGAACUGAGUAAGGAUGAAAUUCUGAGGAAGAACCGGGAAGAAUUCUUCAAGAAACGGCUGAAGGGUGGAGAGAAGUCCAACAAGUCUCCAAAGCCGGAUGCUCAGAAGGACAAGGGGAAGAAGCCCCGUGUGUGGGAUACAGGGAACUCUAAUGCCAAAGUACUUGAUUAUAGUAACUCUACUACUAAUGGAAAUACAGACGCUUGUCCCAUGGAGAAUUAUGAUGCAGAAAUGCUGCUGGUAGAUGGAAGUCGUGAGCCUGGCCGUCUUCUUGAUCUUGAGUAUGAUAGUGAAGAGGAUCCUGGAGAAGAGGACAAAGUGGUUCCAAACUCUUCAAACAUAAGCAAGAAGAAAAGUGGUCUUGGAGGCAUGUUUGGGAUGCUGAAAGGACUUGUGGGUUCUAAAAGCUUGUCAAGAGAGGAUAUGGAGCCUGUGCUGGAGAAGAUGAAAGAUCAUUUGAUCGCGAAGAAUGUUGCUGCUGAAAUUGCAGUCCAGUUGUGUGAAUCUGUUGCAAAGAAACUGGAAGGCAAAGUGAUGGGUACCUUCACUACGGUGACCUCAACUGUGAAGCAAGCCCUUCAAGAAUCUCUGGUGCAGAUCCUCCAACCUCAGCGCCGGGUGGACGUCUUGCGUGAUGUGAUGGAUGCCAAGGUUCACCGCCGACCUUACGUUAUCACUUUUUGUGGUGUCAAUGGAGUUGGGAAGUCAACCAACUUGGCCAAGAUUUCUUUCUGGCUGAUUGAAAACGGGUAUAGUGUCCUCAUUGCUGCCUGUGAUACCUUCCGUGCUGGAGCUGUGGAGCAACUACGUACUCAUACUCGCCGCCUGAAUACUCUGCAUCCACCAGAAAGCCACAAUGGUCGCACCAUGGUGCAGCUUUAUGAGAAGGGAUAUGGGAAGGAUGCAGCCGGCAUUGCCAUGGAGGCAAUUUUAUAUGCACGCAACCAAGGUUUUGAUGUAGUUUUGGUGGACACAGCAGGACGGAUGCAAGACAAUGCUCCCUUGAUGACAGCUCUGGCUAAGCUCAUUGCAGUUAACACCCCAGAUCUUGUUCUGUUUGUGGGUGAAGCUCUGGUGGGAAACGAGGCUGUGGAUCAGCUGGUCAAAUUUAACAAAGCUCUUGCGGAUUACUCCAUCGCUCAAUCCCCACGGCUCAUUGAUGGAAUUGUUCUCACCAAGUUUGACACCAUUGAUGACAAGGUUGGAGCUGCAAUCUCCAUGACAUACAUCACUAGCAAACCAAUUGUUUUUGUGGGAACUGGACAGACCUACUGUGACCUACGUAGCCUUAAUGCCAAGGCUGUAGUUGCUGCUCUUAUGAAGGCCUAAGCAUCCAUUGUUGCACCAAAUUCCUGUUUGCCGAUGUCUUAGAAUGUGCUUUCCGAUGUGACUUUUCCUGGAAGCUUGCCCCCCACCCCACCCCUUCAUCCUUUGCUUUCUUACUUUUUUUUUGGUAUAGUGCAAGAGAGAAUACAGGAGUGCUAGGGGAAAAACAAAAUAAAGCCACUGUCUUCAUUUCUUUACAUAUUGCACACUUUCCACCCUGCAGUGCAUGGGGUUCAAUUUUAGGGAGAGCUGCCUGUCUUCAGUUGUAUUCCACUUAUUUAAAAUGACUUUGUCCCGCACUAAAGUUCUUUGAGACAAGUCUUUCUCAAAAUGCCUACUCUAGAGUAUCUAUACUCCAUGCUCCCUUGUCCAGUAAAACCUCCCCCCCCCCUCCUUGCUCCCUUGAUCGUUCUCUCUAGUUCCUCCUGGGUUAGUGGUAUCACAACAGUUGAAGAGAAUUGUGCUUCAGCCCUUGGGAUGACUGACAUACCUCAGAUUCUGCCUUGGGCCUGAACAGCUGCUCUGGAUUACAUUUCUGGGGAUUAGAAACCAAAGGGAUGACGCCUGGACAAAUGGCUCUUUCCUAGCAGUUAUAUUAGCCAUCCCCGAUUGUUGUGUAGAGCAGAGAUAGAUAGAGGCCGCUGAUAUUGUAGCCUUCACAAGCUGGUUUUGAUCACAAUUCCCCCAACUGCAGACCAAAAAAGCUCACAGCAGAGAAAGGGUAAAUUUGUUCUCAGAGGAGGAAGUAUGAAUGUGAGGGCUGCCGAUUCCUUCUCAAAGUCAUCUCAUCAACCCCUUAUGCAUUAAGUUUGUCUGAAUUGUCUAUGACGACCCUGCGUGUAUCUUUGCACACCAUCUUCAAACAACAUCAGAGAAGCAGAUGGUUGUGUCCCUGAAGAUUCUCUAAGGACAGUUCCUUUAUCUGGCCCCUUCCCCGGCCAACAGGGUCCUUCCCCUAAAGGGGAAAAAUAAGUCUGUGUGGAUUUUAAUUUUGGCAGAUGAGCUUCUGGCCUAAGAAGUGGGUUUAAGAUUUCUCUCUGCCAUAAAGAAGUGGCGCUCUGGAAGUCACUGCCUCUCCUGUCAAGGGGGAGGGAUACACAACCAGCCAGCAGGGGCCACUGCAUGCUAUCCCAUCUGCACUGGUUUUUGCUUUCCAAACCAGCCUGUCUGCUUCUUUGUCCCCUUCUUCCACUAGGGAUAAUCCUGGUGGCUGCCUGCUGCGUUCCUCCCUUUCCUCCUCCUUUCAGAGUGCCUCUUGAUCCUGAUAAUAAAGUGCUAUGUUGAAUAACA